GCAGAGCUCCAGUUGGAGUGCUCAAAGACUGCAGGCUGACGGAAAAAGGCAAAGAGGCGAGGCGUUGCCAUCCCCCCCCACCCCCACCGUUCUCUGGCAGGCUCUUUGCCCCCUGCCACUUCUUUUCUGUGAGAGCCAGGCAGAUUCCUCUCUCCCAGUUGUUCAAAGCAGCUCAGAAACAGCAAUAAAUCCGCCUUCUUUUCCACCUCACUGCCCCUUCUCAGUCUGCCCAGAGUCUCCUGAACCCCUAGCACUUACCACCCCCAGGUCCCCAGGUCAACUCUGGGCCGAGUUUGUGAUCCAGGACUCGCCAUGAGCUUUCCCGCCUUCCUCAUCCUGCUGGUCUCGGCUAUGCAAGUCAUUGCACUCCCAGUGAACAGCCCAGCAAAUCAAAGUGAUACUAAGGUGAUGAGGUGUAUUGUUGAGGUCAUCUCUGAUACACUUUCCAAACCGAGUCCGCUGCCCAUCAGUGAGGACUGCUUUGAGACCCUACGAGGAGACGAAAGGAUCAUUUCAAUUCUUCGCCAUCAAAACUUGCUGAAAGAGCUCCAAGAACUUGCCAUCCAAGGUGCCAAUGAGAGAGCCCAGCAGCAGAAGAAGGACAGAGGCUUUGAAGAUGAACUUUCUGAAGUCCUUGGGAGCCAACACAAUGAGGAGGCCAUGGUGAAGGGGGAAUUGAAGGAUGCCUCCCCUGAGAAGCCUGAUGAAGAUGCCACUGAGUCUAAAGAGGAGAAGAGCCUGGAAGAAAGAGAGGCCCAGCCCAAAGAGACCAACCCCAAGGAAGCCAGGGAGGACUCUGAGAGAAAUGAGAUCAGUAAGGCCUCUAAGGAUGUGAGCACGGAAAGUACUGUGGACAGUGGCCUGACCAAAGAGGAGCGCUUAGCCUCAAAGCCCAGCGAAGACAGCAAGGACCAGCCCACUGAUUCUCAGGAGAGUCUGGAGUUCAAAGAAGAGGAACAAAGUUCCAAGAGAGAAGAGGAGUCAAAUGGAGAGGAAGAGGAGGAAGCUCAUCUGGCCCAAGGAGGAAAUGAAGCAUCGGAUGAAGAAGGUCCCACUGGAGCACUCAGCACCAGCUCAACCCUUGAGGACGAGGAGGCUUCAAGGGGAGACAGUCAACCAGAGGCACCAGAAGGCAAGGUCAUGGAAGAGGAGACUAAACCCCAGGAAGAAAAGGCGCUGAGCCGACAUUCUGAGGAGGAAGCAGCAGCCGCUGAAGACAUCUUCAGCCCAAGGGAAAGCAAGAGUCAGGAACUGGAGGAGGAACUCUCCAAAGAAUGGGAGGACUCCAAGAGGUGGAACAAGAUGGACGAGCUGGCCAGAGAGCUGACAGCUAAGAAGCGGCUGGAGGAGGGUGACAGUGAGGAAGAGCCUGACCAAUCCAUGAAACUCUCCUUCCGAUCCCACAAGUAUGACUUUGGGAGUCCCAUGGGGCUGCCAAGGAGAACCUGGAAAGCUCACUCCAGAGAGGACAGCAUCGAGGCAGGCUUGCCUCUCUCUAUCAGGGGUGACCCAGAUGAGAAGAAGGAAGAGGAGGGAAGUGCUAACCGAAGGACAGAGGACCAAGAGCUGGAAAGUCUGGCAGCCAUAGAGGCAGAGCUGGAAAAGGUUGCCCACAAACUCCACGAGCUCCGAAGAGGCUGAAGGGCUGAACUUAGGAUCUCACGAAAUGCCCAGAAAUUUACUCCUUCUCACCUUGCCUUUUCACUUCCCAACUUGAAUAUGGAUGGGCCAGGGGAGGUGGGCAGGGAGAGAGUGCCCCCACCACUACCCCAUGUCACUCAUGACACUUACUGAAUCUGCUUUUUCACUUCUUGAGCUUCUGUCCCCCUAUGCACUCCUUCCCCAUCUCAAGACCUCUUCUUGCACUCUGUGUUGGUUUCCAAACAGUUAUCAUCUCAAGACAACAAUGAGACAGCUUUUCUAGAAGGUUUCCCCAUUACUGUUAGGUCCACUGAAUACAACUGCAAUAACUUGUGCUCUUUGGAUUAAAGUCGAAGACUACUGACUUUAAUAUAUUCUAUAUAAAAUUUACCUAAGGAAAAAUAAAA